AUGUCCUUUCAGUCCCCCAUCUCGACAUGCUCAACUGUGAUCCCAUCUCUUGGAAAGCUGGACGGCUUCCAAUAUGCCAACGGGAUCCAGCAAUACUGCGGAAUACCCUAUGCCACUCUGCCCAAGAGAUGGACUCGAUCAUCCUUGAAGACCUCCUGGACAGAUAGCUACCAUGAUGGGAGAAAGCUCGGAAACUCCUGUCCCCAUCCGAUCAUUGAAGGAGACGACACAGACGAUCUCGUCCCUGUCCCCCCAUCUCCUCAUUUCCCAGAUCUCCCUGAAAUAGACGAAUUGUCCGGACUGGUCAUGAACAUCGUUCUUCCUCACGCCCCUGGCUCGCAACGUCUUCCCGUCUUUGUAUACGUACACGGGGGGUCGCUUCUGUACGGAGGCGCGAAUCUGCCCAUUUUUGACGCAGUCAAUCUCGUCUGUCACAGUAUCCGCAUUGACAAGCCCAUUGUAUGCGUGAAUUUUAACUAUCGUGUCGGACUGGGCGGAUUUCUUGCCAGCGAGGCCAUCCGCAAUGAACUGCGCCGAGACGGCCACCACGGCUGCGGAAAUUUCGGCUUCACAGACCAACAGGUCGCGUUUGAAUGGGUUCAACGCUAUAUACCCAGUCUAGGUGGUGAUCCGGGGCAAGUUACUGCUGUAGUCGAGUCCGCGGGAGGUAUCUCGAUUAGCAAUCAAAUGGUCUCAGCGCAACCGCCGCGUUUCCGUCGGGCAGUCUGCAUGUCUGGACUGUCGGUGGCGAUUCCCGCAUGGAGCAUGGAGGAACAUGAGCGAUUGUUUUGGGCUGUUUGUCGACACUUUAAGAUUGAUCCCUCGAGAGCAGAUGUCUUAGAUUGUUUGAGGCAGAUCCCGCAGCAGGAAUUGGCUAAUGCGACGAGCGUUAUUCAGGGUGUUCUUUCGGGAACGGGAAACCCUUGUCUGGAUGGGUGGUUCUAUGCGCAGGAUCCACGUGAGAUUCGAGAGCCUCCGGACUGGGUUGAGGCGUUUAUGUUGGGAGAUACGUACCAUGAAGGGGUGAUCUUCCAUCUGAAUCUUCUGGAAGAUACGUUCGCCUCUAUCCGAAAAACUCUUCAAGAACAUAUCCAGAACGACGAAGACACAGAUUGGAUCCUCAAUGCCUACGACAUCUCCUCAGGUCUGUCGCAUGAAACGCUUCUCAGUCGCGUCGAGCACAUGUGCGGCGAUGCAAUCUUCAAAAUCCCGAAUUACGCGACAGUGUCAGCUAGUCGGCGUCUGGGCAGUCAGAACGCUGUUUUCAGAUAUCAUUUUGACCAGCGAUCCCGGCUGAAGAACGCUCUCGAAGGAACUGCAUAUCACGCACACGAGCUGCUUUAUCUGUUUGGAAAUUUGGAUAAUGAGUUGUCCGCCGAGGAGUGUGAGAUGGCAAGAGAACUUGCUAGCGCAUGGAUUUUGUUUUGUUAUGGGGAGUCGUCGUGGGAGACAAUGCAUGGGAAGUGGAAGGUUUGGGGGCCGGAUUGCUCUCGCCGGGUGAAAGGUGAGAAUGAGGAUGAAGAGGCUCGCUCGUAUAGUCGCAUGCAGCAGAUACUCGCAAGGGGUGAUGGAGAGACCUGGAAAAGGUGGCUUAGCGGAGUGGAUGCGCUGGUCAAUAAACGUAUGAACAUGGGUAAAGCAGGAUGA